CACCUACACUGGGAAUAUGUGUUAGUCAUAACAUUAGACUGGAAGACAGACCGACUCCAGGGGGACAAAAUGAAUAAGAAAAGAUACUUUCUGGAUCCUCCAGAGGUCAAAGGCUACCUGGUCAAAGGAGAAAGGUUUACCAAGUGGUCAGAGGACUCCACGAAGACCGCUCCUGUCACCAUGAAGAUGGAUCCCAAAGGUUUUUAUGUCUACUGGAUCAACCAAAGCAAGGAGACAACAUUCCUGGAUGUAGCUACCAUCAGAGAUACCCGGACAGGCAAAUAUGCAAAACUUCCCAAACACCCCAAGGUUCGCAACGUGUUCAACCUGGACUUUCCGGACAGCAACCAUCUUGCCAAAACCCUGACCCUGGUCUCGGGUCCUGACACGGUGAAUCUGACCUACUAUAACUUCUUUGCGUCUAAAGAGAAAGUGACACAGAACUGGGCAAACGACAUUCUUGCGAUUGCUUACAACACCGCAAGAAACAAUGCGAGCAGACAAGUCUUCCUGGAGAAAAUGUACAUCCGCGUUUCUCUUCAGACCAACAAGGACGGCAAGAUCCCAGUGAAAAAUAUUUACAAGAUGUUCCCUGCGGAUAAGAAGAGGGUGGAGAGUGCCUUAGCAUCAGCACAUCUCCCCAAAGGAAAGUAUGACACCAUGAAGCCGGAUGUGUUCACUGAGGCGGCCUUCAAGGCCUUUCUGACAAAUCUCUGUCCUCGGCCAGAGAUUUACGAGAUCUUCACUUCUUACUCCACGAAACCCACCAUGACAAAGGACAAUUUCACCAAGUUCCUCAACGAGAAGCAGAGGGACUCUCGGCUCAACGAGGAGCUCUUCCCGCGGCUGCGGCAGGACCAGGUCAAGGCUCUGAUGGACAAAUACGAACCCUCUUCGUCUAACUCGAACAGAGGUCUGAUUACCCCAGAAGGAUUUCUGUUCUUCCUGAUGGGGCCGGAGACAUCAGUUGUCAUGCAGGACAAAUUGGCUAAUUGUCAGGACAUGACACAACCUGUGCCCCACUACUUCGUCAAGUCGUCCCACAACACAUACCUUACAGCUGGUCAGUUCUCUGGCGUGUCCUCUCCGGAGAUGUACCGACAGUGUCUGCUGUCCGGCUGCCGAUGUCUGGAGCUGGACUGCUGGAAGGGCAAACCUCCGGACGAAGAGCCCAUCAUCACCCACGGCUUCACUAUGACGACCGAGAUCCUCUUCAAGGACGUGAUCGAGGCCAUAGCCGAGAGCGCCUUCAAGACCUCGCAGUACCCCGUCAUCCUCUCGUUUGAGAACCACGUUGACUCGGUGAAACAGCAGGAGAAGAUGGCCAACUACUGCAAAACCAUAUUUGGUGAUGCCCUGCUAACAGAGCCACUGGACAAAUACCCUCUGAAGCCAGGCCAGCAGAUCCCCAGCCCAUCUGAGCUCAUGGGCAAGAUCCUCAUCAAGAACAAGAAGGGCAGCCACCAAAAACCAGCCCAGACUAAGAAAACCGCCACGGCAGCCACAGAGCAGACCACGACCACAGCUCUGACCACCCAGGUCCCAAACAGCACGUCCCAGGAUCCUGCCAACCCAGCAGCCAGCACCCAGGAGAACCAAGAGGGGGACGCAGCUGUGGAGGACAACGAGGAGCAAGAGGAGACAGACGAGCAGGAUGAGGAGAAAAUGAAAACAUCCGAUGAGGGCACAGCUGGACAAGAAGUAACAGCGUACGAGGCCAUGUCAUCCCUGGUCAACUACAUCCAGCCCAACAAAUUCAUCUCUUUUGACAAUGCGAGAAAGAAAAACAGGAGUUAUGUCAUCUCAUCUUUCGUGGAGACCAAAGGGGAGGCAAUGAUUGCCAAGACUUCUGUCGAAUUUGUCGAAUACAAUAAGAGACAGAUGAGCAGGAUUUACCCCAAGGGAACAAGGAUGGACUCGUCGAAUUACAGCCCCCAGCCCUUUUGGAAUGCAGGCUGCCAGAUGGUGGCGCUCAACUACCAGACGAUGGAUUUCCCCAUGCAACUCAACAUGGCCCUGUUUGAGUUCAACGGCCGGACGGGAUACCUGCUUAAGCACGACGUCCUGCGUCGCAGUGACAAGAAGUUUGACCCCUUCUGUGACAGGAUCGACACCGUGGUGGCGAGCACACUGACCAUAAAGAUCUACUCGGGCCAGUUUCUGUCUGACAAGAGCGUGAAAACUGGCGUGGAGGUGGAGGUGAUCGGGCUGCCGGGAGACCCCAAGAAGAAAUAUCGCACCAAGUGGUCCACCACACCCAACGCCAUCAACCCAGUGUGGAACGAGGAGCCCUUUGUCUUUGAGAAGAUCCUGCUCCCAGAGAUGGCCUCUCUGAGAAUCGUGGUCCACGAGGAGAACGGUAAAUUCUUGGGACACAGGAUCAUCCCAGUUGACACCAUCCUAUCAGGCUUCCAUCACAUCUGCCUGCGCAGUGAGAGCAACAUGCCGCUCACGCUGCCUGCUCUCUUUGUGUACAUCGAGGUCAAGGACUACAUCCCCGCUGCCUUUGCAGAUUUCACAGACGCCCUGUUUAACCCAACGAAGGGCACAGAGAAGACCACUAAGACCCCGAAGGCGUCGUCCUCUGACUUCGUUUCUCCCUACGAGAUGCCUCUUGUGGUCCAAACUGCCGCGGACGUAGCCAAGAAAAGUGAAGCCCCUGUCGUAGAGAAGGCUGCAUCAGAACCUACGGCGCCUUCAGACACCAACGACCAAUCAUCCCAGCCUCCAUCUGAACAAAAUGAAGAUGCACCAUCUGCAGAAGAGCCUCCUCCGACUCCUGAUACCGCUGCUGCUGAAGAUCCAGCACCAGGCGCAGGAACAUCUGAGACGCCGCCUGAAGCCCCCCCUCUCCCCGAGGAUGCUGCCCCCGGGACGGAAGCGGCUCCCGAACCAGACGCAGCGCCUGAAACCAAAGAUGAACCAGCGAGUGACUCUGGCACAAACCCGGAUCCUGGCCCAGAAGAAGAAGUUGGCACCGAGGAGGCCCCUGGAGAGACUGCUGCCGGGGUCGCGCCCCUUCCGUCAAGUGCAUCGCCCGAAUCUGCGGGAUCAGACACAUCAUCUCAACAGCCGACAAACAGCGGAGAGUCCUCGACCGUGACUACUGAAGAACUGACACAACACAAGAACUAUCUGAAGGUCAUCAAGCGUCAGGAGAGGGAGAGGAAAGAGGCAGAGAAAAAAUAUCAGAAGAAAGCAGAGGAUCUGAUUCAGAAAUACUGCGACUCCUUCAAGGCCAUAAAGAAGAAGGCCUCGUUGAAGAAAAAAGAGGAGGAGGAAAGCACCUCGGACUCCGGUGUGAAGACGGAGCGGGUGCAGGAGCAGAAGGAGAGGAUGCAGGCGGAGCUGCAGGCUCUGUGGACGGAGCAGUGUGAUCAGAUGAAGAAGAAGAAAGAGCAGUUUGCCACCGAGAGGCUGGCCAAACUGUUGGAGAUGGCCACGGAGAGACACACCAGUGAAGUGAAGACCCUGGAGAGUGAAACCAAAGAAAAUAAGAAGAAAACGCUCUUGAAAUGUUCAUCCUCCAAGAAAGCAAAGAUGAAAAAGGCAACGAGCAUAGAGCUGUUGGAUGAGACUAGUCAGUCUGACGGUGCAUCCUCAGAUUACAACCCACAGCAAGAGGCUCUGGUGAAGAAGCAGGCUGCUACACUGGAAGAAAUCCAGGCUCUGACGAAUCAGCUCAACCAGGAGGCCCUGAAGGAGAACGAGCAGAAACUGAGGUCUCUGUCGGCGGAGGUGAGGGAUGCUGUCAAUGUCUGUGUGGGUUCCCACUUUCCCGACCUGGUCGACCAGACUGGGGCCAAGAAGGUGGAGGGAGUCGGUUUCUAUGGAGAUGUCUUCCUUGGCUGAACUCGCCUUUUGACCCCUACGCCCUUGGUGUAACCUUGUCCUAACUUUUUUAUUUUUAUUUUCCCCUUUUACAUGUUUUUCUUUUGUUCAACCUGUUACAUAACCAACAGCAUAACUGUGUCAUAGUAGAUUAUUCAAUGAUGGAUGAUGUCUCUGUGUGGAAUUUAAAAUUAGAUGUAGGUGCAUUUCAUAGAGGUGUUUUUUUUUUGUGACUUUAAAGUGAUAAUGAUGUUUUCAUGUUAAGCAAAAAUUAGGUUGUUUGGAAAUUAUUUGAAUCUUCUUUGUGACUCUUGCUCCUCACUGAUUAAACGCCAUACAUUGGGCUAUUCAGUGACAAAUAUCUUCCAGAUGAAGGCCCAUCACUAAGAGCGCAGUCUCAGACACAGUUCAAUGGGAAUAAAUGUAGCGGCAAAAAACGGGGUUAUCAGAGUCUGCAGGCUGAAUCGGGACAAUGACUCCAUUUGUGACACUUCAAUACAGCUUGAUUCUGCUUCUGCGAGACUCCAUGAAGCCACGGUGAAACUGAGAGUUAUAGGUUUGUUGAGACCACAAAGGAUGUUCUGCAGGAUGACAGAGAGGGUAAACCCGUUGCAAGGACGACAAACGUAUAAAGCCGUACGAAGGACAUACAAAGCUGGAGGAAUAAAACGAGAUUUGUGGUUUGACUCUGUUGAUGUUUGUUCUUCUUGUUCUGUCAGAUUCCUUGUGUGUGUUCACAUGCUUGGCCAGCAAGAACACACGGUAGUAGCCUCGACAGCCGACAGUGCUUCAAAUGUGUUGCUGCAGAGAGGCCAGAGAUUCUAAAAUCGUGAAUCCUUCACACACGAGCCUGUUUAUCUAAUCUGUAGCCAUUGGUACCCAACAUUUCAGGGACCGGAACAGUUAAAGCUAUACAGCGUUUCCCAGCAAAAAGUGAUGUCCAAAUAAUCAGAAUGAUUUUGAAUUGCAUUGUUUCACAGUUGUGUCUCAUAACCUUCUGCACAUUUUGUGAGUGUGUGUGAGUAUAUAAAAGACUGUUAGCGUGACAUACAACAAGUAGGUAUACUAUUAAAGUAAAAGAGAAGUACAAACGAGACAAUGGUUGGAACGUGAGUGGAAAACUGUUGCCUCAUGGAGGCUGGUGGUGAUGUCUCUCUUUGUCUCUCUCUCAAACCUCUGGUGAAUGUAAUUUGGCACAUUGUGGUAUGACUGACUCAUAAUACCACAUAAUUGCAACGUCUUUUCUUUUCAACUAAUAUGAGCUCUGCGAUGCAUCAAGAGCUCCUUUUCAGAACGGAA